CUCAACCCACUCCACUCCAAACCAAAUUCAAAACCAAACUCCACCAUAUCAAAAAAAAAAACCCCCCACUCGUUCUCCUUCCUUUCUAAUUUCCAAACCCUCAACCUGCAGGCUGCAGCCCGUGUUUCCGGCGCUAGUUAGCAAGAAAGAGCAGAGGCGCGAGUUGUCGCCGCGGCUGAGUUGGCACGAAAAUGAGGAUCGAGGUGAGGGGGUCGACGCUGGUGCGACCGGCGCAGGAGACGCCGGCGCGGCGGCUGUGGAACUCGAACGUGGACCUAGUCGUUCCCUGCUUCCACACGCCGAGCGUCUACUUCUACCGUCCCAACGGCUCGCCCAACUUCUUCGACGCCGAGUCGCUCAAGUCGGCGCUCAGCCGGGUCUUGGUGCCGUUCUACCCCAUGGCGGGGCGGCUGGCCAGGGACGAGGACGGCCGCAUCGAGAUCGACUGCAACGCCGAGGGCGUUCUCUUCGUCGUAGCGGAUACCGGCGCCGCCGUCGAUGAUUUCGGAGAUUUCGCGCCGACGCGUGAGCUCCGUCAGUUGAUCCCGGCCGUGGAUUAUUCCCUUGGGAUCUCUUCGUACCCUCUGCUGGUGUUGCAGGUGACAUAUUUCAAAUGCGGCGGAGUCUCACUCGGCGUUGGCAUGCAACAUCAUGUUGCAGAUGGAGCUUCUGGUCUUCACUUUGUCAACACAUGGUCCGACAUGGCCCGUGGCCUCGACGUCACGAUCCCACCAUUCAUUGAUCGGACUCUCCUCCGUGCCCGAGACCCACCGCAGCCUGCUUUCCGCCACAUCGAAUACCAGCCCCCUCCCGCCAUGAAAUCCCCUCCUCAAUCAACAAGUCCCGACUCUACCCCUGAAACCGCGGUUUCCAUUUUCAAACUAACGAAAGACCAACUCAACACCCUCAAAGCCAAGUCAAAGGAAGAUGGCAAUACAGUAAGUUACAGCUCGUACGAAAUGCUCGCAGGCCAUGUUUGGCGCAGCGUGUGCAAGGCGCGUGGACUUCCAGCUGACCAAGAGACCAAGUUGUACAUUGCGACAGACGGAAGGUCCAGGAUUCGUCCUGCGCUUCCUCCAGGCUAUUUUGGUAACGUGAUUUUCACCGCCACCCCUUUGGCCAUAGCCGGGGAUCUCCAAUCAAAGCCGACUUGGUACUCAGCCAGUAGAAUCCACGAUGCUUUGGCGCGAAUGGACAACGAUUACCUAAGGUCGGCUCUUGAUUACUUGGAAAUACAGCCUGACAUAAAGGCCCUUGUUCGUGGAGCCCACAGCUUCAGGUGCCCGAAUCUUGGGAUAACCAGUUGGACCAGACUUCCCAUUCACGAUGCAGAUUUCGGGUGGGGGCGGCCAAUAUUUAUGGGACCUGGGGGCAUUCCGUACGAAGGGUUAGCAUUUGCAUUGCCAAGUCCAAAUAACGAUGGAAGCUUGUCGGUGGCGAUUUCUCUUCAAACAGAACACAUGAAGCUCUUUGGGAAGUUCUUGUAUGACAUAUAAAUAAUUUAAGUCGAAUUCAGAUAUCCCAAAAUGUUUUUACUUUGGUGAUCGUGUUUCAUUGUUUUUUCAAUUACUUUGUUCAUUACAUGUUAUGACGCUGGACCUCUAUUAUUACAGUUGAAAGUUCAAACCGUGUCCGAACUAGAACACAGAAUGCAAUUUGCAUACGAGGAACUUGAGUUCUCUGUAAUACUAAUUCAAAUUUUUACCU